AUGUACCAUCCAGAUGUGAACAAGUCAAGGGAGGCAUCUACCAGAUUUGCUGCAAUUUCCGAGGCGUAUGAAACUCUUGGUAAUGUUCAAAAGAGGAAGCUGUAUGACCGAGGCUUUUUCAACCCUUCUGGCACCCAAGGGCAUUACAAAGAUGACAGCUCUGGACCUGCUCCAUUUAGAGAUGUUCAUGGAUUUCGAGAGCGCACAAAAACUCCCCCAAGGGGCAAAACUAACAUUUAUAACUUUGAUGAAUUUUACAGACGCCAUUAUGAAGAAAGUAUGCAACAAAAAGAGCAUGACAAGGAAAUGUUUCGCAGGGCAAAUAUUGAGAAAGUCAGUGCAGAAGGGGAUAAAGCAAGGGGUUUUCUAAUCCUUGGUAUUUCAAUAGGUUUCAUUCUGGCAUUAUGGCCAUUUGCAAGCAGUGAAAGACGGUCAAAAGGUGACAGGUGA